GAGAGCUGCUGGGGGGCGGAGUCUUUCCGCAACGUAACCGCAGUUUACGUUUGGCUUAAAGGAGACGCAACAAAGCGCACAAAAUGGCUGUGCGCCGAGCCCGGGCGAAUAAGUAGCUUUACUAUAGCUUUAAGAACGGGAAAAUAGUGUCUGCUUCUUUAAAAUCAUAUCGGGUUAUUACUGAAUAGAUAAUUAAGAAAAGUUUUUAAUUGCUAACCAAUUAAUAUAUGCCUUUAAUUUGCGACGCACCCAAGGCAUUCACAGAAAAUGCCCCACUGUUGGAUAAAGGCCGCUUGCGAUCAAAACAAUCGUCUUCAAACCAGAUGUCGUCCGUUUUAACUAAAAUCGCAAGUAAACCUGCUUGGCUUUGAGCUGAAGUGGAAGUAGGCUGAGGUAUCUUCGCGGUAAUGGAACCAGCAGGCGACCGAACCGGGGGUGUAAAUAAAGGUGACGAACCGGCGCAGGACAAGGCCACGGAACGGACCGCGGCCACCAGUCUGACCGUUACCCCGCGGAGGGGGCUCAGAGAGCGGGGAGCGUGCCGCUCGAGGACCGCCGUCCGCGCUUCACUAACCGAGGUUAACGGAGCAGCAUCCGGCCCGCAGAGCUCGGGGCGGGUGUUGAGAGACCGAUCAACGAGGGCAGUGCCGGCCUGGCUAAAGGACACCAAGAGCGAAGACGAAGACGAACCGAGCCCGGACACCGGCGCGACGAAGCGGAGGAAAGUUUCCAACCCGAGGAGGAAGAAACCCUCCGAAUGUGGCGAGGCUGGCGGGGGGGUCGCAGGUGACCGCCUUCGCGGCACAGACUCAGGGGACCCCAAGAAACCUGCAACAGAUGCUCCAGCUCUACCCUCCACCAGACGCCCCCCAGCCCAGAGCCGGGCCAAGCCCCCGUCCGCCAGGGCUGUGCGCGGUUCUGCCAAGCCUGUGUGCAAGACUGAACCCGGAACGGAGAAUCCAGCCGCAGAGAAAGGAGAGGUAGAAACCAAAGACCGCUAUGAAAUUCAAAAGAAAGAGGAGGGAACUGAGGACCUCACUGAGCCGGUCUCCGAUGACGAAGACCCUCCGCUCGGGGAGGACCUGGACGACCUCCGCUACCAGCCACAGAGUCCGAGUGGUGCGGAGGAGGAGGAGGAGGAGGAAGAAGAAGAAGAAGGUCUCAGCAGCGAUGAAGAUCUCCCUUUUACAGACGACCUAAACGACCAAAGCUACGACCCGGACGCUGAGCGGGACGUAUCAAAACCAAAGCGAAGAGCUCCGCUGAGAGCGAAGGAGAGGAAGGAGAAAGAGAGGGCGCUUAAAAGCGAGAAGGAGGUCGCCGAGAUAAAGGUCGAGGGUUUGGACAACGUGGAGAGUUUGGAAGAGGAAGUGAAGCUCGAGGAAGAACCAGUAGACGACCCGGAUGGACCCAGGAAGAGAGGCAGGCGGAAAAAAGAUGACAAAACCCCACGGCUGCCGAAGAGGAGGAAGAAGCCCCCGGUGCAGUAUGUGCGCUGUGAAAUGGAGGGAUGCGGGACGGUCCUGGCUCAUCCUCGGUACCUGCAGCACCACAUUAAGUACCAGCACCUGCUCAAGAAGAAGUACGUGUGUCCUCACCCCUCCUGUGGGCGGCUUUUCCGGCUGCAGAAGCAGCUGCUACGUCAUGCAAAGCACCACACAGACCAGCGGGACUACAUUUGUGAGUUCUGCGCACGUGCCUUCAAAAGCUCCCACAACCUGGCUGUGCACCGCAUGAUUCACACUGGAGAAAAGCCGCUGCAGUGUGAGAUCUGUGGCUUCACGUGCCGCCAGAAGGCGUCGCUCAACUGGCACAUGAAGAAGCACGACGCCGACGCCACUUAUCAGUUCGCCUGCUCCAUUUGUGGCAAGAAGUUUGAGAAAAAAGACUGCGUGGUGGCCCACAAGGCCAAGAGUCACCCCGAGGUGCUGAUUGCAGAGGCUCUGGCAGCCAACGCUGGCGCCCUCAUCACCACCCCUGCGUCCCUGCUGGAGUUGCAGGGAAACCCCGUGCCGGCGGAGCCCGCCGGCCUGGAUGUGCACCACAUGGGGCACGGCGGGCAGGUGGAGCAGCUGAGCCAACAGGUGAGUCACCAGGUGGUUUUACUGGGACAAGACCAGAGCCUCCAUACCAUGCAGGUGCCCGUGACGAUUGCCCUGUCCGCCAUCAACCCGCCUCUGCCAGCCGAGAGCCAUCAGCAGACCCACCUCCAGCUGCAGAUGCCGGUCCAGUUUGUGCAUGCCGCUCCGCAGCCCCAGAUCCAACAGCUGACGCUCCACCCCGGCCAGGUGGUUACCCCGCAUCAACCCCAGCUGCACCCUCUGCAGGCGUACUCCUCCCAGCAGCAGGGCCAGACACAGAUCCUUCAAAUGACCUUCCAGCCGCUCAGCCAGUCUCAGACGCACGUCCAGCAGGUCCCCAUUCAAUCGACCGCGCAGCAGCUUCGGGCCCUUGAUGCAGCUGCUGUGAGCUCGCCUCUCCUGGCCCCGCCCCCGCCCCAGGACGCGGCCUCCAGUAACGGGGACAGCUUCAUUCUGGACCAUCCGGUGCUCUCGUCGUCGUCCCCGUCGACCAGCUCCCUCGCACAAACCGACGCAAUGGGGGGCGACGGCGUAGCCUGGGGACAGGAGGGACACGAGGACGUUCUGUCGGACAGCGUCGAAAGACAGUCCCUCAUGUAAAAGGACAGCGAACCCCAAAAACAGCUGGUAGAAGAAGGUUGUCCCCGGUGAUCCGAUGUGCCGCUUGGCAUUGUUUUUAGGUAAAUGUGAGAUGGUGUAUUACGUAACAUUCACUCUGACAUAUUUGGUAGCUUUUUAGAACGCGAGUGUGUGUGUGUGUGUGUGUGUGUCCCUUGUACAGAAGUCUGGUAAACUGAACUAGCAUUUCACGUGAGUGUUUAACAAUGAGAGGUUAUGUUGCAAAGAGGUUGUGGUUAUGCAAUAAUAUUAGAUAACUAAGUAAUAUAAAGUGCACAUCCAGUGUGUUCCUAGUAAAAUAAAUGAGCUCUAUUUCUCACAAAUAACACAAAACACGGCUAUAAACUGACAACAACACAUUUGGGGUGAGAAUCGGUUAAAGAAAAUAAUAAUAGGCAACUUUUUUAUUUUCCAGAUUUAUUGCUGUUUGGAAAAGUUAAAAGAAAAUGUCAAACAAUCUCAAAAGAAACAUUUGAAAGCCUAAAAAGAAAAAGUUUUACAGGUGUAAAAAGUGCCACUACACCAACACCUAAUGUAUAUACACUACUCACACCCCAGGAUGCUGUAGAUCACGCACACAAACCCGUAAAAUAACAGACAAGCUCAGUCGGCGCUCGACUUAUUAAAAGUGUCAUGUGAUUUGAUAAGCAAAGCUGUGUAGGAACCUCGUUGUCAAAACCCAACUUGCACCUCCUCUGGCUUGUGAUUUAGGAUGUGUGGUAGAGCAAACACAACUAUUCACUUAUGGAAAUAAAAAUCAACAUUGA